UCAGUCUGUAAAUUUUUAUAUAUUCGUUUCGGAAGUAUCAUUAUAUUUUUCAGAGACGUGUUUAAAAGCAAUCUCUAGUUUCAAUACGUAACGUAAUCUUAAGACAUCUCAAGUUAAUGAACUCACCAGUCUGGUGUGCUUAUCGGGCCGAGGGCCGAACCUCCUGCGUGAUCUCCGUGCCUAUGUGGUGCGCGGUAUAGGAAUGUGGGACUUGACGACCUACAGAUAUAGGGAGCAGACCUUGGGCCCAAGGAUCUUUUAAGGCCCUACUGCAUUAAACGAUUCCCAUGCACUUUUACACCCGACGCCCGAUCGCCAUCCGGGGUUAGAACCCGAUCGAAGUGGGGGUUCCGAGUGUCAACAAGUACCUAAUACUACCACGUCAAGUACUGAAUUCGUAUAAAUUAGAUUCUUAAUGUUGAUAAUGUUUCAAAUUUCAUAGACAGCACUCCGAACCAAAUUAUCCAUUCUGAAGGAGCUCGGUAUUUCAAGGCUGUCUGCUAUCUGCUUCCAACGAACUUAGAGAAGCUGAUGCUAGUCGGUCAGGUCAAUGGGAGAAGAUCAUGCGGACGCUCACCCACCCCGCUGGUCUGAUCUGGUAAUGAUGCUCACGGCCUGCCAAUAAAUGAGGCUAGAAAGACCACCGAGGACGAGAAGGCGUGGGGAUGUAUGGUGCAUCGAGUGGUCAACAUUUUAAACUUGAUACGAUUGUUAGAGGAGAGGAGAAGAUUGUUCAUAAUAUUAUGGACCACUACUCAGCAUAAUGAACAACAAAGAGGAAAUCUAGUUAUUUCCGUAACAAGAUCUAAGGAAUACGUCAAAGAGAUUGUAACUGUACUUGAGACCUUAGAACUUGUAUCUCAAGGUGGAUGGCGCAUUUACGUCGUAGAUGUCUAUGGGCUCCAGUAACCACUUAACACCAGGUGGGCUGCGAGCUUGUCCACCCAUCUAAGCAAUAAAAAAAAUCCUAAGCGAUGUUUUUUGCAUUGUGCGAGCAUGGUACGGCCUGCCUCGUCCAACAAGAAUACAUCGGCGAUAUAUAGUACGAAUAUGCAAUGACUGAUGCGCUCAACGCCUGUGUGCUAAGUGCCAGUUUUUUAACGUUCUCGAUAACGUAAAAGUUAACCCUAAUUUGUAUGGUGUCGUGGCGUGCAAUCUCUUUGACAGGGCAUAAGACCUACAACGACUAGACAUAGACUAAGACAGACACUUGACAAGAAUUCAAAAAUAAAGAGAAAUGGAAAGAAAUGGAAGUAGAGAAAGAGAAAUGGAAAGAGGGCGUACGUGACUAGCAGCAGGCGGUACUUUUUUUGAUUUCCUUAUAGACAGGCACGAACCAGACGACAAGGAACGAAUUGACCGUUCUCAUCUAUACUAAUAAUAUAUAAAUCUACAGUGUUUUUUACGGAUGUUCCGUUAUAACUACGGAACUAUGCAUCCGAUUGACUUGAAACUUGGUAUCCAUGUACAAAAUACAUGUACUUAAUGGAUAGGCUAAUAUUUAUAUGAGUGUUGGACUCCCUACAUCAGUUACGGGGGCUGCAAUGAUGAGAAUCUUUGUGGGGGUGAGAAAUAAUAAUGUUAAUUUUAAAUGCCCAGCGAAGCGGACGGGUACAGCUAGUAUGCACAUAAAAUAGACGACAAAAGAACUAAUCGACCGUUCAUAUGGAGUUGGAAGGUUUGUCUACGUUUUCCGCUAGGGGCGCUGUUUAAGUUAGCUUUGACGCUAUAGAGAACGUUAAAAAACUCGCACUAAAAAACCACACUGAAGCCAAAUCUUUAACUCUGUUCGCGAACCGAACCUGAAACGGCUCGAAGCGACUGGGAGCGCUAAACGAUGCAAUGGAAUGUCUACAAAACAAUUCAAGAUUCCUCGGAUGCCGGCCCAGGGCGUUCAGCGCUUAAUGAAAUUCAACCGCAGGCGAUUACCUCAUAACGAAAUUAGGCUGGGGUCACACCAGGAGAACCAGCUCACGGUCGGCGAUGUGCGCGAAGGGCGAAGACUAAAACAGCUGAGUGUUUUUUCUCCUCUGUCUGUCAGCCGAUUUUCUCUUUUUAUUUAGUAGUUUCUGAAAAUAUUUAGUGUUGCCAAAUAAAAAAAAUCCCAACUCUGUAAGUAAAAAAAAGGUUAAUAACAAAAGAGACAAUGUAUUAUAUAAAAUGAAUCUUGAAGUGUCACAUAUUAGGGAAGAAUGUCGACCUUUAGGUGGGAGCUAGUUUUUAUUAAUCUAAUAUACAAAAUAAAAUGCUAAUGCUCCGUUGUAACCGCACCUCAUUGAGCCUUCGUCCCGGAACACCCCAGGGGAAUCACUCAGCACUUAGCAGCCGAGACAAACGGACAAACACUCCUAACGAUGGUUUUCUUGCGACCAACGAACAUGGCCUACCCAGCCAUCUGGCGCAGGUUCACCGUCAGACGCGACGGGGUUACCACACUCCUCCGCAUCCAAGAUCUAACGGAGGACUUGCGUGGCGCUGCGUUGGCGCUAAUGGAGAAAUACUUCAUGAGUGAUGAGCCCCCCUGUAAAUUUAUAGGUAUUCACAACCACCCUCGAGCUGUGGCGGAACUGAAGAGUCUCUGGAGCAAGUCGGUUAAGGACAAUCUGUCUCUAGUCUGCGUGAAGGACAACGAUGACAGUGACCCGACCGUGGUGGGAGUGAAUGUCCUGACCGUGGUCUCUAAAGCAGACAAGGAGGAAGUCUUUCAGUCGGACGACAAGGUCUGGUCCAUGCUGUUUGGAGCCGUGGAUUUAGUGGCCAGGAGCGUGAAUAUCUUCGAGAAGUACGACGUGGACAAAUACUUGACUGCGUACGGACUGGUCGUGGAUCCUGAAUGGAGGGGCCUGAAUAUCGGAAAAGAAUUGUUGGAGACGAGGAUCCCUCUAUGCAGAGCCAUAGGGGUGAAAGUGACAGCCACCGUAUUCACUGCUGGAGCUUCUCAAGCCGUAGCUAAGAAAGCUGGUUUCGAAGUCUUAUUCGAAAUAACAUACGAAGAACUAGCCAAGAAAGGCUUCGUAUUUCCGGGGAUUGAAAAAGACACGAAAUCUUCCAAGCUGAUGGCUCUCAUGAUUGAUUAGUCGAAAUUAACGCCACCUACCUAGCACAUCCUUAUGUAUACGGCUCUGUCUCACUCUACUGUCACCAAUUCUUUUAUCGAUUCUAAAGGUUAUCGAUUCAAUUUCGAACAGUUUAAAACACUAAAAACGUUGAACUACUGUUUCUGUGAUACAACUGAUCUCAUUUACAUUGACCUAUCAUGGUAAUAAAUAGGUUUUAUCUUCUUGUCUGUUUUUUACUUAGUUUGAGCUAUUACUAGCGCCAUCUAGUAUUGAGGAUGAUUAGUACGGCUAUGAGGCAGAAUUGGACUAAACUAUAAUAUUCAAUAUUAUUAAAAAUGUAAUCAUGCAUAUUAAACAAUAUGAUUAAACAUUAUAAUUAUAUAGUGUGAUAAAAAAUAAAAUACAUUUAAAUUCG